AAGUCGACUCUUUGCUUUCCUUGCGGCAUUGCAGCCAACGGGUGUACUCGUAAAUAGAAAGGUACGCUGGCUGCACUUGGUGACGAUUUUUCCAUACAAUUCCGAGGAUCGUCGACGUCAGACUGAGCAAACAUUGGCUCGCGUGACGUCAGGGCGGAAUACAGUGGCGCGCUUAUGUGAUGCGCACGAUGUAAAAGGAAUCAUAACAUGCGAUAAGCUAUAGGAGCCGAAGUUUGCUUUUCAUAAGUACUUCUCUUCCUGCGAAUGAGAUUACGUACAUUCGUAUCGAUUACAUACGCCGUGCACGCAGGAAAUAUGCGAUCCACCCGCAUACUGCACUCUAUGUACCCGUACGCACGCGUUCUCUCGCGAAAACGCCGCCUAAUAAGUAUCGUAAUAUCCCAACGGCUUGCGCAGAGAGCUCAGCGAACUGCAGGGUGGGGCCUGUGCAUGUCCCAUCGAUCCGGCAGGUGGGGGUUCUCCCCCCGCCCUGUGCCCUGCGCUAGCAGUAAUUCGUGCGAACGCGCACAUACGCAACGAGAGAGAGAGAGAGAGGGGGGGGGACUCUCGACUCGCUCGGUCUGCGCAGCGCGCAGGGGGAGAAACGUAGCGAGAGAGAGAGAGAGAGAGCAUAGUAGCGCAGCCAGCACAGUAGCCACUGCUGCUUCGGGUAGUUUAGUCAUCGACGAGGCUUACGUACGCCCGCUUCGCUGCGCCAAAUGCACAGUUUUUAAUCGGAAAUAAAAUUAGGUACUCGCCCAAGACAUUCGGUGAUAUAUGUGCGCGAGGACGAUGAUUCGUCGAAAAGUGGAGGCGAUCGGCUCCUUCUGACGAUCGCGCACAUGCUGCUUUUUUAUCGCGUGUGUGGAGCUGCCGUGAAAGAGGACAUAAGUAGGUACAUCAGCACCGUUGUCUGGCAACGGCGCGCGAGUUGCCGAGAGAAGAACGACGCGAGGUAGAAGCCGAAGGAAGCAUGGCGGGCGAGGAUACGGAGCUCUGUGGCUUCAUGGACGCAAAGUUACCCGGUGGCCGGUGUAUGGGCCAGCGCGUGAAAAAGCGCAGUUUGGCUCCGUGGAAGGUCUGGCGACGACACUGGUGCUCCGUUCGAAAACUCGGUCCCGGAUUGGGCCUCGAAAUCCUGCUCGACCACGGCGUCGCCUCCUCCAACAACACCGGCAGCGCCUCGGCGGCCAGUGACAAGGACAGCUGCAUCAGGAUAUCGGCCGACGCACUCAUCUGCCGCACCGAGUCGCGAUCCAAGCAGUUUGCCUUUGGAAUCUUCCCGGCCAAGGAGAGGAAGCCCCUACUGUACCUGGCCGCAAAUUCCGAGAGCGAGAGCCAGAGGUGGAUGGCUAGUCUCAGGCAGCUUCUCAGACCCAGGAGGCACAGGUUCAUGGACGGCACGUUCAAUGUGUCAAUGGUCGAUAACGCUCACUCGAGAUCAGCUGGACUGACUGGACUGUACGGUGACUUGGUGGCCAGCCGCACGGGCAUCUUUCUGAAGGACGUGCACACGGGCGAGAUCGUCGAGACGUUCGACUGGAAGGAAGCCAGCCAGUUCCAUCUGUCGAGUUCGGGUCGCCCCGAAGACGUCAAGCGCAUCUGUGUUAUUCACACGACCAAGGAGUUCCGAGGUGGAGUUGGUCAGCUCCACGUGUUUUGUCUCAACGCCACUAGACUGCUGCAGGACCUCGUGACCCAGGGUCGAGGACCCAGGCACAGGCAGCCGCACAAUCAUCACCAGCGGCCGCUGAGUCUGAGCGAAGGUGAUCUGAGGUUGGCUGCUCAGCAAGAGCAAUCGUGCCCGGAGCCCGGAUUCCAAGCACUCAAACACAAGAUCGCGGCGAAUAUCGUCAACGCGGGUCUGGGGCUGCUGCUGUCCGCGAGGUCUGGCAGUGAAGCCAAGCUGCUCAAUGAAAUUGUUGGAAGUAACAAAACAUUGGAGAAGAUGUCGAAAAUCUCCUCGAAUCUUUUACACAAGAGGGCGGUGGACAACGUGUACCAGCCGGAGCCCGCGACGAUGGUCAACAACGUCAUGUCGAGCCUCGAGGAGUUGGAAGAGCCAUCGAUCAGACGCGUAUCCAACAUCUCUGUUGCGUCGGGUAUUUACGAGGAGAUUCUCGAUGACUUCGUUUCAACCAAGUCGCGCCGCGUGCCGUCCAACCUCUACGAAAAUCCUAGCGAGCUUAUACUCAAGUCUGAGACGAAGUUGCAGCCACCUCCGCUUCCACCCAGACAGAGAUGCGGCUCUGGAUCGACGAGAAAUGGAAGUCUAAGCGACGACGGGCUAGACUCGGAAGGCGGCACACGUUCGGCAACACCAAAUACCCAAGACGAUUCGACGCCCACGCCCGAGGAUAAGGCACCUCUGCCAAUCAGUCGCCUCGUUCAAGUGGACACUUCCGAUUACGUGCCGAUGUUGCCAAGACUCCAGGAUAUCGCCCUCCACGAGCUGCAGCAACAGACGCAGCAGGAGAACAUGUAUAUGGUCAUGCGAUAGGCAACGAUAGACAUCACUAAUGGCCUCGUUAAUAUCAUAUCGCUUUCAUCAAUUAUACAUAAGUAUGAUUUUAGAAGUACACAUUUUCGUGUAGCCAAGCGACGAAGAUUUAUUUGUAUCGGUAUUAUAUAUUGUAUAUUAAUUAUGUUAUAUUCUAUAUCAUAGACACAAACACGCAGUUUGUAAGCUUUAAGCAAUUGCGCGCGCGAAGAGUUAUAGUAAAUUAUUUAUUUUUGUCUUCCCAAGAAUGUGAAGUAGGCAAUGUGAAUUCGACAAGAAAUGCGAGUAUAACGCGUCAUAUGCCGAAUCCAAUUUAUUUAGGAUGAUAAUAUCGGCAAAGAUGCCGAUGUGAGCAAAUACGUAUGUGAGAAUAUAGAUUUGAAGAAUCUUUUAUGUCAUAAAUUAUGUAUAUUGUACGCAAAUGCAGAUAUUUAGUUUAUAUUAGGUGUAGAAAAUGUAAUUGCUUGCUUUGACGAGAAUUUUUAUGUGCAAGUGUAACAUGCGUAUCUGCACGUGCGUGUGAACGUCAAUGCACCGUCUGGAUUAAAAAUUUUUAUUCAUUAUGUAUGAAUUUAGACGAUUUUUAAGAAAUUUACAAUAAGGCGCUAUAAUAUACAUAAAGGCUCUUUGUGGUCUAACAGCUAAGAAUGCUCAGAAUUAGUAUUGAUUUUAUAAGACUGAGCAAGUAGCGUAUUUAUCCGAAUAAUUUCCGUCAAGUUUAACGACUUUUUUCUUUGAAGAAUAGAUACAUCGACAAAAAGUAUUUUCUAAUAACAAUAAUUUGUUAUUGCAAUAAACAUUUUUAUAAAAUUAAAAAACGCGAAAAUGCCGCAAAAGAUGAGAAGCGUUAGUUUAAUAAGUAGUGAAAGAUAUCCGUCAGUGUCAGUCUAAUACAGCCAAUGUCACAUCAUCAUAUUAUAUGUGCUUUUUCGGGAUGAAUAAUGUCAUAUCAACCGCAAUUUAUGCCACUUUAACAGAGUACAUUCUAUAAAUAGCGUCUCUGUACUUUUCUACUACCUUCAGAAAAAAAUAUGUACAAACUAUUGUGAUAAAAAUAAAUAAUCUCUAUUUGUAUAUUUGGAAACAUUUUGGCAGAUACAAAGACAUCGUUAAUACUUCUAAUAAACUAUUCACUGCCUUUUGCUGUGUGCCUCAAAA